GCUUUCUGUCAGCGUUGCUCCGCGUACGGCGCCGCGGUUCUUCAGAGGGCCGCUCCUCUGGUGCCUGUUGUCAGACAUGGCGGAAGCGAUGGAUUUGGGCAAAGACCCCAACGGGCCUACCCAUUCCUCGACUCUCUUCGUGAGGGAGGACGGCAGCUCCAUGUCGUUUUACGUGCGGCCCAGUCCGGCCAAGCGCCGGCUGUCGACGCUCAUCCUGCACGGCGGCGGCACCGUGUGCCGAGUGCAGGAGCCUGGGGCCGUGCUGCUGGCCCAGCCCGGGGAGGCGCUGGCUGAGGCUUCGGGCGACUUCAUCUCCACGCAGUACAUCCUGGACUGCGUGGAGCGCAACGAGCGGCUCGAGCUGGAGGCCUAUCGGCUGGGCCUGGCCUCAGGCGCCGGCCAGGCCGCGGACGCGAAGCCCGGCGCUUCCUCGGCCGAGGGCGCCGCGGAGCCCGAGCCGCAGCCGCCGGCGGGCCGGAUCUCCUUCUCGGACGCGGACGACGUGGCCAUCCUGACCUACGUGAAGGAGAACGCGCGCUCGCCCAGCUCCGUGACCGGCAAUGCCCUGUGGAAGGCGAUGGAGAAGAGCGCGCUCACGCCGCACUCGUGGCAGGCGCUGAAGGACCGCUACCUGAAGCACCUGCGGGGCCAGGAGCAUAAGUACCUGCUGGGGGACGCCCCGGUGAGCCCGUCCUCGCAGACGCUCAAGCGGAAGGCCGAGCAGGACCCGGAGGCCGCGGACAGCGGGGGUGAGGUCUGCGGCGGCGCGGGGGUCUCGGUGGGCAGGUCGCGGCGCUGUCCGACGGCCGUGUUGGCGCUUUGGGUAGCACCCCUCUGUGACAUUCGGGUGAUUUUGCACCAUUUUCCUCCCCCCCCCCCGCACCGCUCCCCCGUUUUAAUGUCCUUUGCGAGGAGCUAG